AUGUCAAAAUUGGAUCUGUUAUUAUCCUUUGUGGAUGAUUUAGAUCGAAAAUCAAACCAUAUAAUAUCAUCAUUCGAUGCUUCCAACUCCCUAAUUAAUGACAUUUCAAACUUGCAUACAAACAUAUCCACGGCUGAUUUGACAAUUGAUUCAAUUAGUAACUUAUAUAAUGAUAAUUUGAAUUACCUAAGAGAAUUUGAUAACCUUUACGAAAAAUGCUUUUAUCUAGAAGCAAACCUUCAUUUAAAUGAUGAUGUCACUAAUCAAACAAGUUUUGAAAAAUUACAUAAUGAUUUUAACUACCUAUUGAAAAUUUUCAAAGAUAAAAAUAACUCUUGUUCGUGGCUAAAUCAUCAAGAUUUUGAUAUUGAAGAAAAAGAACCCGAAGAAGAAGUAAGCAAAGACUAUUCUUGUGAACUCGAUCCAAUUGAUAAUACUCCAUUAACCCCUGGUCUUCACAAGACAAUCUCCAUCUCCAAUUUGAAAUUAAAACCAAUCCGUUGUAAAUCUUCCAAAAUUUCCAAAAAGAAGUCUCGUUAUAGAUUAUCAUCAGCUUAUACCCUAAACCCACUCAUGAGCGGAUUUUCAACCCCUCAAGUUGCUUCUUCAAAUUCUUUCUUAUCUAAUAAUGACGAUGAUUUAUCCACGGUUAUCAUUCGUCGUAAUCGUGCUGACAUUGCCGCUAAUCCAAGCUCAACUAUAACUCCUUCAACAGGCUCGACUUGUCAUAAUCAUCCUCGUAAUGAUUUACCCCAACAAAGCGAUUCCCGUUAUUUACUGUUGAAUGCUCUAACCGACAACUCAACUGCUUCUUAUAUGGAUACUUCAAUUGACAGAACUACAAAUACUACUUUUGACCAACACACUUUUGGCUACGAUAAAAUUAAUCAUCAAAAUGAUUUAAACACAAUCAGCUCAUCCCCUUCAUUCUCAAAUAGAGCAAGAUCAAAUUCCCUACCAGAUCUUUCCAGUUGGCAAAAUUUAGGUAAGUCAAAUGAAGAUAGAUCACAUGAAUUAUCAAGCUUAAGACAUCAUAGAUUGAACCAUUUCAUUAGUUAUAAUGAUGGUUUCAAAAAUUUUAAUAAGUCAAGUUUCACUAGCAUGUCCGAAGAUGACGAAUUAGAUCGCCAUUCACAAACCUUUUCAUCUAAUCAAGUAAAUAUCGAUGAUGACGCUUUUGAGAACAUAUCAGUUUACUCCGAUAUAUCUUACGAUGAUUCUCCAUUUAACGACUCUAAAUCCUGUCACAAUGAAGAUUUUGAUAACUUUGAAAACUUUUUAAGAAAAUCAAGAAUUGACUUAAAUAAUGCAUUUCCAAAUAUUCAAACUCACGAUAAUCAUUUUGAUAAAAAAAAUUAUAGCUUUCAUAAUCCGAUUUCAAACAUUCAUUUUAAUCAAAAUCCAGAUUUAGGUAAACCAACAAUUGAAUCAAUUUAUUCCCAUCCAAAAGAACAGACUAAUACUUUAUUACCGGGGGCUCUAGGUAGAAGCUCCACCAAACUAUUGAAUGAGGUUAUUUCGAAAAAUAGUCAAUCUGGUACCCCGGCAAAAGAUCAGUCUCUGGCAUCUCCUACACCAAAAGGUAAAUCAAAAAAUUUUGCAUUAUUCAACUUAUUGACAUCUCCAUCGAAGAAAACCUCUUUGGGUUCUCGUGAUAUUCCUCAAGAAGAAAGAAGAAACAGCAUUGAUGUAAUAAGCAAGUCUCUUACUGAAACUUUCAAGAGUUUAGUCAAUAAUAACCCCUCAUUUAUUCAAGUUGGUCCAAAUGGUUCAAGAUCUGGUUACAUCUCUCCAUGCUCUAAUAAUCUUAGCUUAUCCUCUAGUGCCCCAACCUUCAGUUCUCUUGAAGGUAGCCCUAGACAGAAAGCCAAAAUCUCUCCACCUAAAAAGAUCAAAAGAAUGCAUAAUAAAGAUAAGAGAGACCCAAUAUCAAUAAAAAAUGAUAUUCAAAACCAAAGAUUACCUCCUACUAUUUCCAGACUGUACAAUAACCUGCAUAAGAAUUCCAAAUUACUCACCCCUUUACAAUUUCCUCAUGAGAAGAAGCGAGUUAAAAACGGUUAUCAUUCACAAUUGACUAUAGGUCCUUCUAAAACUAAAAUAAUUGAUCAUGGCGAAUCGUCAAUUUUUAGGAAGCCGUUGGUGAGUAAAAUCAGCCAUGAUUCUUUGAAACAAGCAUUAGCUGAAACUAUUAUCGAGAAUAAUGAUUAA